AUAGUCAUCGCUGUAGAAAUGUGAAAGGCCUAGAGCGACAUCUUAGCGAAAGCUUCAAGAGGGUUUUGUUUUUGUUUUUUAAAGCGAUUUCCUGUUCUUCGCCGGAAGCUCAGGCCUGCGUCACUCUAGGCUUUUCUCCUUUUCUGGUGCGCGCGAGGAGGGCGUGGCUUCGGUUGCUAAGAGGCCGCUUGUUGGGACGGCUGGGUCUGUUGCCCUGGCGAGCAAGUGUCUCUGGCUGAAGGAGCGCGCGCUUGGGUUCGAAAGGAGGAGGAGGCGGCGGCGCUAUGAGUCAUGAUGAAAGAUUUGUUUUCAUUGCAGAGUGGUAUGACCCAAAUGCUUCACUUUUCCGACGUUAUGAGCUUUUGUACUACCCAAGAGAUGGAUCCAUUGAGAUGUAUGACAUGAAGAAUCGCUGUAAAUUCCUGAAUCGCACAAAAUAUGAAGAUUUGCAAUUUAAAGAUCUGUUUGUCGGCAACAAAAUUACGAUCUUUUCUCGCCAUCUCAGUUUAGUUGACUAUGGGGAUCAAUAUACCUCCCGCAUGUUGGGCAGUCGCAAAGAAAGAACACUGGCUUUAUUAAAACCUGAUGCAGCCCUCAAGCUUGGGGAAAUAAUUGAUAUGAUUUUGAAUGCUGGUUUUACAAUAACUAAAGCGAAAAUGAUGAUACUGUCACGGAAAGAAGCAAUAGAUUUCUACGCAGACCACCUAGCUAAACCCUUUUACAACGAGCUUCUGGAGUUUAUUAUAAGUGGCCCCGUUGUUGCUUUAGAAAUCUUGGGAGAUGAUGCUGUAGCAAAAUGGAAAACUUUUUUAGGACCUGCAAACUCAGCUGUGGCCCGAACUGAUGCUCCAGGCAGCAUUAGAGCAUGUUUUGGAAGUGAUGGCAUAAGAAAUGUGGGUCAUGGCCCCGAUUCCUUUGCUACUGCUGCAAGGGAGCUGGAGUUAUUCUUCCCUUCUAGUGGAGGCCGUGGGCCUGCAAAUACUGCAAAAUAUACUCACUGUACCUGUUGUGUUAUUAAACCUCAUGCGAUUAAAGAAGGACUGACUGGGAAGAUUAUAAAAGCAAUAAUUGAUACAGGAUUUGAAAUCUCAGCUCUGCAGAUGUUCUAUAUGGACCGUGCAAAUGCAGAAGAAUUCUAUGCAAUUUACAAAGGUGUUGUUGCUGAAUAUUCUGAGAUGGUUGUAGAACUGUGCUCAGGACCUUGUAUAGCUUUAGAAAUUAGACAAAUGGAUCCUUCAAAAGUAUUCAGAGAUUUCUGUGGACCCUCUGAUCCUGAAAUAGCCCGUCACCUUCGUCCUGACACACUCCGUGCUACCUAUGGCAAAAACAAGAUCCAGAAUGCUGUCCACUGCACAGAUCUUCCAGAAGAUGGCCUUUUGGAAGUCCAGUACUUUUUCAAUAUCCUGGACAACUAACAGGAAAAUACAAAAUUACAAAGUGCAAGAGGAUUACAAAACACAAGUCACAGGAUGGAAGAUGUGUUUAUUCAUUUAUUGUCCAAUGUUUUAACCUGACUGAUAUACAAGAUCAACAAGAGCACUGUACUCCUGGCUAUUACAUACGUUAGAACAUGGAUCUUUGCACUUUAGACAACAUUUAAACACCAGUUGAUGGGAUAACUGCAUUGCUUUUCAUAAAGUUCAAAAUAAAGAUUUAUUUUUAAACAUG